AUGGCGGAGUACGAGGCUUGUAUCUUUGGUAUUAAAGUUGUGAUUGAUCUUAGGAUCAAAAUCCUUGAAGUCUAUAGAGAUGCAACCUUGGUUGUUAGCUAUGUCAAACGAGAUUGGGACACUAGAGAUCACAAGCUCAUCCCUUACAAAGAGCAUGUCCUGAAACGGAUCCCUUACUUUUACGAGACUACUUUUCACCAUAUUGCUCGAGAAGAUAAUCAGCUAGCCGACACCUUGGCAACUUUGGCGUCCAUGUUUAAGGUCAAGUGGAAAAAUGAAGCACCAUCCUUUCACCUCAACUACUUGGAUGAGCCCGCUUACUGUUUUGCAGCCAAAGACGAAAUUGACAGUUAUCCUUGGUUCUAUGAUAUCAUGAGAUUCAUAGAAUGCCAAGAAUAUUCAAUGAACGCAUCCAUUAUCGACAAGAAUUACCUUCGGAAACUGUCUUCCAACUUUUUCUUAAGUGGAUGGGUAUUGUACAAGAGAUAUUAUGAUUCGGUUUUGCUAAGAUGUGUGAACAAGCAAGAAGCAAACUAA